CGGGAAGUGCCGGGCUUCGGAGCCCUAUACAUAUGUAGAGCGAACCCUUGGUGACGGCCCUUAUUCAUCCUCAUUCAAGCCAGCCACCACAAUCUUCUCAGACUCCGCUUCUCUGUGCUCCUACCAAAAAUGCUCGAACGAUUCCUACGUGCCAAGGAAGAUCGGCCUACGCCGCCGGAAGUGUACAAUCUCAGGCUAUACUUCACGGUGAUGGCCAUCUCCAUGAGUCUCCUGGUAUUCGGAUACGACACCUCUUUCAUUGGCACGACGCUGGAAAUCCCCAGCUUCACGCAUGACUUCGGGCUGGACGGCAUGUCGGCGGCGGAGAAAAGCGCGACGACGGGCAACCUCACCAGUGUCUUCUCCGUCGGGGCGUUUUUCGGCAGCGUGCUGAUGUUCUUCAUCUUCGAGGUCUUCGGUCGACGGGUCAGCCUGUUGAUCGCCGACGUGGUGGCCAUCGUGGGGGCGGUGCUGUGCACGGCAGCGAAUGGCCAUCUCGGCGUCCUCUAUACAGGCCGCGUGCUCUGCGGGUUUGGGGUUGGAGGCUUCGUCUCAGUCGUCCCCAUCUAUAUCUCCGAACUGUCGCCCCCCGCGGUCCGGGGCCGGAUGACCGGCUUGUUCGAGGCCUUCUACCAGAUGGGCUCCCUGGUGGGAUUCUGGAUAAACUUCGGGAUUAAGCGCCACAUCGACACGAGCCACUCCCUCGCCUGGCGUAUCCCCAUGGCGAUGCAGCUGAUCCCCGUUGGCCUCGUUGCUCUGUGUUUCCCCGUCCUCCAGGAAUCCCCGACCUGGCUCUUAAAGCAAGGCCGCCUCGUUGAAGCCACUAAGGCGUUCGCAUAUCUGCGUCAGCUCCCGGUUGACCACCACUACAUUCUGGAAGAUGUGGCCUUUGUCCAGGCCCAGCUGGCGGUCGAGCAGACACUGACAACCGCCACGGCGACUCCCGGACAUGUCCGACUCUUGACCCAUCUGCGGGGCGCCUGGCGGGAGGGGCGGAUGAAGGGGAUGCGCAAUCGGUUCGGACUGGUGAUUAUGAUGACAACCUUCCAGGCGUGGGGCGGUGCGGUGGCCGUGAACUAUUACUCGCCGAUCAUCUUCCGGGCGAUCGGGCUGGAGAACACAACACUCUGGACCGGGGUGUACGGGGUGAUCAAGUCGGUGUCGGCGAUCAUCUACUUUCUGUGCUUCAUCGAGACGGCGGGGCGGAAGUGGCCGUGGGUGAUCUCGUGCGUGGGCUGCGCGUGCUGCAUGUACUACCUGGGCGCCUACGUCGAGCUGGUCAACGCCCACGGCCUGGUCAACGCCGCCGCGGCGCGCGCCGCCGCCGCCGCCAUCAUGAUCUACGGCUUCAUGUGGUCCUUCGGCGCCAACGGCCUGCCGCUCAUCAUCGCCGCCGAGAUCUUCCCCCCGAGCCUGCGCAGCGUGAGUGGGCCCUUCGCCGGCGUCUUCAUCUGGCUGUGGUCCUUUACCGUGACCAAGGUCAACCCCUACAUGUUCACCGGCAUGGGCCCCGGCGGCUGCGGCGUCUACCUGUUUUUCGGAAGCAUGUUGUUUUGUUCUGCCUGCUUCGCCGUCUUCUUCAUCCCCGAGACCAAGGGCCUGCGUAUCGACCAGAUGGACCGGCUUUUCGGCGCGGUCGAUGGCCAGAGCCACGACUAUUACCAAGAGGCGGAGGCGGUGAUCGAGACGGAGAAGAAGUGCGGGGAGGUCCAGAUGCUGGAGAAUGUGGUGUAA